UAGCAUCAGGUCUAAGAUGUUUUGACUUUGUGUGGGACACGUAUUUUAAGUAUAACACCACAGAAAAGACCAGAGAUAAAGCCUAAAUCUAUGCCUGACAUUGUCUGUGAUAGCUGCCUUAAUUAUUUCCAGGUUUCUGUAGCGUAUUUGUUGAUUUAAACAGUAUUGAUUUAAAAUAUAAUUAGGCUACAUAUUAUAUACAAUACAUAAUAAUUUAUUUGGAUUGCAAAACAAGCUAUAAAGCUAAUAUUGAUCCAUCUCAACAAGCGUAUCUGUUGAAUUGUUGACAAUGAGCCGGAGGUUUAUGUAGAGAAUACGUUAGAUUGUAGACAUUGAGCUCGAGGUUUAUGUAGAGAAUCUGUUGAUUUGUGUUGACAAUGAACUCGAGGUUUAUGUAGGGAAUACGUUAGAUUGUAGACAAUGAGUUGCAGUAAACGGCCGUGCAGUACAUCAGAGAGUAUAUAUCUCCACCUGCUACAAAGGGAAUAUGCUAGUGGUAAUAGUUAUAGAAGAAACUUGAAGAUUUUAAAGAAUAUCAUUUGUAAGGGAAAAACAACAUUCCGAAAAGUAUGGGAAAAACAUUCCACAAAGCACAUAUCAACUGAGGGAAGCAAUAUAUUUUUUGAUAAUUACAGAUAUUUUUAUAAUGGGAAUACUUUAUCCUGCUCACCUCGCCUUGUUUAUACAUUACCAUCUGUACCAACGAAUAGAAAAAUAGAAGAUGCCUUAAUUUGUCAUACCACUCAGGAAUGUUUACAUUUGUCCAGAUUAUAUCAACAUGAUUGUUUAAUAACUAUUACAGCCAAUAAUCAUCUUCGUUUAUAUAAUUUAACGUCCGGUGAGGUUCUACAUGAUCUCUAUUUAUCAUCACAUCUUAACUUCAGGGAAUUAGCUUGGAGUGUUGAUCAGGAAACAUUAGUUAUAAGAUCAACACAUAAUAAAAUGUCGGCUUUUGCAAGACAGGCUGGUGUAACUGUAUCAAUAGUUAUGGUUCUAGCUGUAUUUGAUGUAAAUCCUCUACAAUUUAUUGGUAUGAUAGAAAUAGAUAAAAGGACAUGGGGAACAGGUGUAUUAGAUGCUAUGAUAAUAGGAGGAAUGUUGAUAAUAAUGUAUCAAUCAGGUUUUGUUAAAUUCUUUAACUUUGAAGAAAUUGUAAGAAAGUACAGAACAGACACAGAUAAAUAUAUGGUAAAUGGAAUCUAUACCAAUGGUAUACCUAUUAACAUUAAAGUAACAGAAUGUCCGCCUGUUUUAUUUGAGGUGAAAUGUUCUCAACAUAAUGUUCAAUUUGGUGGCUUUCCGUGGCAUUUUAUAAUUACACCUCAUGGUAGUCUUGGAUGUUUUCUGGUUUAUUCUUUUAUAGACAGACAAGUUAUCAAAGGUGGUCAUCUAGAUUUAGACAACAACAGUAUUGAGUUAGAUAAAGCUAUUUUUCAUGGUGAUGAAUCAGGCAGGAUAAUACAUAUAGGUCACGAUACUGUCAGGGUCUUAGAGAUUGUUAGUGGGCGUGGACAGAAAACCCAGCUUGAGAAGAGUUUUGAAAUAGUUAUAAAAGAUGAAGAAUCUGAGAAAGAAAAAAACUGUAAAUCUGAACUUCCUACUGUAACAUCAUCUGGUAGACAGAUUAAAAAAAGAUGGAUUCAAGAUGAACUAUGUGAAGAGACUAAUAAUAUUACUGUGUAUCAUGUUGAUUAUGAGAAUGAAUUAGAUGUAUUAUUAAUUAGUUGUGUUAUAAGUGGAGCUGAAGUAACGAAAGGUUAUUUAGAUCUAUACGAUAAUUAUACUGGUCUCUUGUUACAUAGAAUACAACUUAUAGAACCAUAUCAUGAGUUUAAUGAACAUAAGGUCCACAUGGACAAAGAUACUAUAAUCCAUAUUGUCAAAGCUAGAAGUUCUAAGUUUGUGUGUACGGUCUACAAGUUAUUCGGACAAACAGAAGAUAAGUCUGAAAUAAAUGAUGAUAAUGACAGUCGUAACCAAGAUUUAAGAACGACGGCUUCAAACAGACGGAAUAGAUCGAGAACGAGAUGAAUUAAUACCAUUUGAAUUUAAUGUGAUUACCGUCCAGCCCCUGUGGUCUCGAUUCAUAGCGGAAAUAUAAAAAACAUUCCAUCGUUAGUGCCAAGUUAGUGGUCAAGCAUGUUCCUGAAGCAACAACCGCGAGUUUUACACCAUCUAGCCGUUGCUAGAUUAGUCUGAAAUUCCCGAACUUAUAGGUACAUUAUCUCCCUUUACCACAGGCUGCGACACAAACACACUCAAAUCAAAUAUGGCGACCUCCAUGGAAACUUUGAUAUUGAACGAACCUUGAACUUCAGAAUUCGAUUAUCACAGGUAGACAUUUUAGCUAGAAAGCGCGAGACUUGGUUAGCGAUGAUAUUUUCUAGCCAAUCCAAAUUAGUGACGAAAUAUGCGGGGAAUUAUGCGAAGGGCUUGAUAAGAUGUAUGGUGAUAAAGCGAGAUCAAGCCUUCUAUUGAAGAUGGUGGCCAUGGUGAUUUGAGGUAAAUCUGACUAGAUCAUGAUUUACCUGUGAUAAGCCCUACUUUCUGUUUCAACUUGUCAUUGGUAAUAUCAAGAUGAGGGAUCUUGGACAAGCCUGGAAAUAAGGCACCUGUUACAGACAAUUUCAGGCACAAAUACAGGCGUUGUCAGGCACAGAACCUCUGGUGCCUGUCAUUUUGUUCGACAAUGAUUUUUCUUUUUUAUUGAUAUUAUUAAUUCAUGUCCGGCACUAAGUUGAAAAUGUCAGGUACUAUUUCAUUAGUGCCUGACAUUGUGUCAGGUAUAUCUAAAACCGUUAUUUCCAGGCCUGAAGACAACGCUGUGUCCCAGUAUGAUUCUUUCUACAUUGGAUUCAGCGGGUCGAAUUCUUAUAGAAACUGUCUUCAAACCAAAGUCCACGAGAAUCUGUUGCAUAUUUUACCCCACUAAAUAACCAGAAAAUGCCUCAUGUCGGCCAUCUUGAAUAUUUAAAUUUCCCCAAGGGUGCCACGGUGGCAUCAUCCGGAUUCUGAAUCUACACAUACUGAAGAUAUAUAAUCCAUCAAAAAAUAUUAGGUGAACUAUAUUUCAAAGGUUUUUCGACCUACUGCCGGAAUAAGAGGUUGAACUGCUUCAAGGAGUGCCUCAUGUCGGCCAUCUUGGAUAUUUAGAUUUCCCCAAGGGUGCCACGGUGGCAUCAUCCGGAUUCUGCAUCUACACAUACUGGAGAUAUAUAAUCCAUCAAAAAAACAGCCGGUGGACUAUAUUUCCAGGUUUGUCGACCAGCUGUCGGAUUAUUGGGUCAGUCUACUGCGUCAGAAUGAAGAGGGGUUAUAUACCAGUUUACAAUGGUAGUGAUGUAACUGUGACAGGGGUGACAGGUUAUAACCACUUUUACCUGUAACAAUAACAUCCCUAUUUUUCUAAAAUAAAAAAAAAAAAACAUAAUUAUUAAUAUGAAUGAAAUUAACCUGUAAAUCUUUAACUUGGUAAAAAUUAUUCAAAUAAACACAUUUUACUUUU